GCUGUGCCUGCAGUUUGUGUCCUUUUGAGGAAAGAGGAUUUGAAUCUGCAGAGGCCAGAUUGAUUGAUAGCUGAGCCAUUGCAGCCAGUGGUGAAUAAUUUUCACAAAUGCACUGUAGCUAUUUCUCCACCCCUCUGUGGCUUUUUCUUCUAUGUCAAAGGAAGUUUAUCUUGGGUCACAAAGUUGAUGCCACAGACUAUCGGGCCACACCAUCUCUCCCGGGAUUUGGAAACCUUACCCAGGGAUACAACCGAUAUCUCAGGCCAAAUUUUGGUGGAGAACCUGUGAUUAUCGCAAUGAGCCUUAAUGUUGCAAGUAUUUCCAGCAUUUCUGAAAGUGAUAUGGAUUACACAGCAACAAUAUAUUUACGGCAACGCUGGACAGAUUCCCGACUGGUUUUUCAGGGGAACAAAAGUUUUACACUGGAUGCCCGGCUAGUUAAAUACUUGUGGGUGCCUGACACAUACAUUGUGGAGUCAAAGAAGUCUUUUUUACAUGAGGUCACUGCUGAAAAUCGGCUUAUACGACUGUUCUCCAAUGGCACCGUCCUGUAUGCUUUGCGAAUCACAACUACAGUUGCAUGUAACAUGGAUUUGUCAAAAUAUCCUCUGGACACGCAGACGUGUAAAUUGCAAAUGGAAAGCUGGGGAUAUGAUGAAAACGAUGUACUGUUCACCUGGUUGAGGGGGAAUGAUUCUGUCCACGGCCUUGAGAACCUGCGGCUCUCCCAGUACACAGUGGAACGGUAUUGCACCCUUUCAACAAUGUCCCACCAGGAAACAGGCAAUUACCCAAGACUGGUAUUGCAGUUUGAACUCAAGAGAAAUAUCCUUUAUUUCAUCCUGGAGACUUACGUGCCGUCCACUCUGCUGGUUAUUCUGUCUUGGGUUUCUUUUUGGAUCACUCUGGAUUCGGUUCCUGCAAGAACAUGUAUUGGAGUAACAACAGUGUUGUCGAUGACCACUCUGAUGAUGGGCUCACGCAACUCAAUAACCAAGACUAAUGGUUUUAUCAAAGCCAUUGAUAUUUACCUAGGCAUCUGCUUCAGCUUUAUAUUUGGUGCCUUGGUGGAAUAUGCAGUCGCACACUAUAUCAUGUCUCAAAAAUGUAUACACAGUAAACCUGAAAAGAGUCCUGCCAGUGAUGUUCCCAGAGAAAAUGAGGAUGUCACCAUCACCAACGUCCUUACCACUUCUGCCACCAGCUACAAUCAAAAAAUAAACUUCACUGACAUUGAUAACGUUGCCUAUGGUGGCUUGAACAUAGCUCCAAAAGACAAAAUGAAAUCCAUGUUGAAGAACAAGCUGCGCAAAGUCAUUGACUUUUUCACCAUUCAGAAUCCAUGCAACAUUGAUCACUAUUCAAAACUGCUAUUCCCCUUUUUGUUUGUCUUAGUUAAUUUGGUUUACUGGGCUUAUUACCUGAUGUUUUAGGGAAAUGCAGCUGUCUCACAGAACAGCAAAUUAACUGUCAGUACAACAUGCUCAGAAGUUCACUUUUGGUAAUAUUUCAAUGGAUUCAAUAUGUGCCAGAUGAUUUACUUUUGGCAGGGCAUCUGGAGCCCGCUCGUGAGAUGCUUAUAGCAUGAAAUGGCUUUGGAGACGCUAUCUCUCAGGUACUCAAACUGUGGCUGCAUUGCCACAUGAAGGAUUUGUCUCAAAACUGAUAGGGAUGUACAAAAGUCCCAUAAAUGGCAGGACAUUAGUUAGUGACAGCAGUGUGAUGGUGUAUCUUACCCAGAAAGGUAAGACUUCCCAUAUCAAUUAAUUUGUUCUGCCAGUUUUUAUCUCCACCAGGAGCAAGCCUUUUGUAAAUCCAGUGGGUCUUCACUGCUCACUUAAUGCUGAAUUAUUUUACAUCACAAUAAGGAUAGGUUCCAACAAUAUGUUGUUACUGGAAAAGCCUACCCCUCACCCAUGCUCAAUGCCUGUGAGGAUUGCACCUAAGGGCAGAAGGGACAAGUCACUGGAUUGAGGUGUCAGGAGUGACACCAUCACCUCUGCUGAACGAAAACUCCCAGUGCUCUGACCCCAGAAACCUGAGUCCACUACAUCUCUGCCUGGAAAGAGGGAUAAAAACAAGUGGUGAAGGUAAGGCUCUUCAUGGGUUGUUGUCAUCAUGUGCUAAAACAAAUAAGUUAAACUUAGAGGUGUAUGGGCAACAUAAA